AGUUACUGACAAAUGAUCGGUUCUGACAGGCGGCUGACUUUUUUACAGGCCUGCGAGGUGGACGUCGCGUUUUGUAGCUUAGGUCGUAACUUAGGUACUUAGGGUUUCGUCGCAUUGUUGGGAGCGGGUAGAUGAAUUGAUGGCAAAAGUCGGCAACUAACUUGACCAGGCAAUAAAGGAUCCAUUACAAUUUUUUCGAUCGGUAAUAACGAGUUUUGAUUCAGUUUUCUGUUCCGUUCUUUCCGGCGUCACGAUGAGCGGCUCCCCGAAAGGCGAGAAGCUGAAACCGACGUUUCGACUGCUGCAAGUGCAUCCGCGGCGCAAGGAGAUAUCCGGAUCGGCGGACAUUCUCCGCCAGGCGGGGCUAGAGGGCCCCUACCAGGUGCUGUGCGAGCGCGCGCUUGCGCCGUCCGCGGUGGAAUCGGGGUGCCUUGCGCGGAUCCCGGGGGAGGUGGACAUCCGCCAGGGCCCGCGGAUGGAGCUGGCGGAAGUUCUGGACUCCAUCGGCCGCCCCGUGGACGACGGUGCCGGGGGAGCGGGGGGAGCGGGGGAGGGGUCGGCGGUGCUGCAGCCGUUAGCGGUGGAUGUGCUGCUCCGCGCGUUCUCCUUCAGCGAUAGAGCCGCCGUGGCGCUGCCUGACACGGAGCGAGGGAAGGCGACUGUAAGCAGCAGCUGGCGCGGGGCAAACGGCAGUAGAGGGGCGGGGGGCAAGGAGCGCGAGAGAGAGAGGGAGUCCAGCAGGCACCGGAGUAAAGACAAGUCGAGAGACGGGGAGAGGCGGCAUAAAGACAGGGAUAGGGAUAAGAAGGAGAAGGAUAGGAAGGAUAAGGAGCGGAAGGAGAAGGAGAGGAGGGAGAGGGAGAAGAUUGAGGGGGCGAGGGUGAAAGGGGAUGAGAGAGAGAGGAAGGAACGAGAAGAGAGGGAAAGGAGGGAGAGAGAAGAGCGGGAGAGGAAGGAGAAGGAGGAGAGGGAACGUAAGCUACGGGAGGAGAAGGAGAAGGAACGGGUAAAGGAGAGGGAGAGAGAGAAAGAGAAGGAGCGGGAACGAGAGCGUGAGCGGGCUAAGGAGAAGGAGCGGAAGGAGAAGGAGGCUGAGAGGGCGAAAAAUGGGGGCAAGUCAAGAGUGGAUAAACCACAAGAGGGCGCUGCUGCUGCCACCACUGCUGCUGCUACGACUGCUGCUGCAGCUGCUGCUGAGGCUGCGGCUGCUGUUGCUGUUGCGGGGAUUGGUGCCUCUUCUGCUGCUGCUGCUGCUGGUGCCAGUGCGAUGCUGCCAGCAGCAGCAGCAGCAGCAGCAGCAGGAGGGGAGGGCGUGGAUCCCAAGAAGCUAAAGAAGAAGAAGCGCAAGAGGGAUGGCGAGCCUGAGAAGCCCAGCUCGGACAAGAAGCACAAGAAGAAGAAGGACAAGCACAGCAGCGGAGGCAAGGAUGCAGCAGCAGUGGUGGUGCUACAGGAGAAUGGCACUUGAGACUCCAGGGAAACCAGGGAUCAAGGGCACCCAUGUCCGCUUAUGGAGGCUCCCUGUCUCAUUUUCUGAGAGCCCUCCCUCCUGCCGCGCACCACACCACAAGCUGAAGCAUGUCUCAGCCAAGCCAGCAGCAGCACUCUGCCAUACUCAGUCUUCUCUAAGAGCAUGUGAAAUUUAAUAUUAAAGAGGCUCAUCAUUUUACUGGACCUUGGAUUUGUGUAUUGUUUCAGCAAUGCCAGUAUGUUACCGGCCCUAAAGAUAGAUCACCCAGCCAACAACGUCAUGAUAGCUAGUGUUGUGGUGAUAGCGGUAUUUGACAAUGUUGGUGUAUCAAUAGAGCCGUGAAAAAUGA